AGUGCCUCCCUUCACAGAUGUGUCUGUAUCAGGAUGGGUCUAAACAACAUGGUGUAAAUGCAGUUGCUGGUGAGCCUCAUUUCCUGUAGGAGGUGAACAAGAGCAGAGAUCUGUUUCCCUUCAGAGCACAGAGGUUGUUUCUGUUCAGGGAAAGUCAAACUGUCUGACAGUCACUGAGAGACGGUGAAACGGCACAGCACAUGAAUCAAAUGGACCAAAUAAAAUUCUGCUGUUCAGUCUGUUUGGAUCUACUGAAGGAUCCGGUGACUAUUCCCUGUGGACACAACUACUGCAUGAACUGUAUUAAAACCCACUGGGAUGAAGAGGAAAAGAAGAAAAUCUACAGCUGCCCUCAGUGCAGACAGACUUUCACAGCGAGGCCUGUCCUGAUGAAAAACACCAUGUUAGCAGAUUUAGUGGAGGAGCUGAAGAAGACUGGACUCCAAGCUGCUCCUGCUGAUCACUGCUAUGCUGGACCUGAAGAUGUGGCCUGUGAUGUCUGCACUGGAAGAAAAAUGAAAGCCUUCAAGUCCUGUUUAUUUUGUCUGGCAUCUUACUGUGAGAAACACCUUCAGCCUCAUUAUGAUGUGGUUCCAUUAAAGAAACACAAGCUAAUGGAGCCAUCCAAGAAGCUCCAGGAGAACAUCUGCUCUCGUCAUGAUGAGGUGAAGAAAAUGUUCUGCCGUACUGAUCAGCAGAUUAUCUGUUAUCUCUGCUCUAUGGAUGAACAUAAAGGCCACGACACAGUCUCAGCUGCAGCAGAAAGGACUGAGAGGCAGAGAGAGCUGGAGGUGAGUCGACAAAACAUCCAGCAGAGAAUCCAGGACAGAGAGAAAGAUGUGAAGCUGCUUCAACAGGAGGUGGAGGCCAUCAAUCAGUCUGCUGAUCAAACAGUGGAGCACAGUGAGAAGAUCUUCACUGAGCUGAUCCAUCUCAUCCAGAAAAGAAGCUCUGAUGUGAAGCAGCAGAUCAGAUCCCAGCAGGAAACUGAAGUGAGUCGAGUCAAAGAGCUUGAGGAGAAGCUGGAGCAGGAGAUCACUGAGCUGAAGAGGAAAGAUGCUGAGCUGAAGCAGCUAUUGAAGCAGCUCUCACACACAGAGGAUCACAUCCAGUUUCUACACAACUACCCCUCACUGUCAGCACUCAGUGAGUCUACAGACUCAUCCAGCAUCAAUAUCCGUCCUCUGAGCUACUUUGAGGAUGUGACAGCAGCUGUGUCAGAGGUCAGAGAUAAACUACAGGACAUUCUGAGAGAGGAAUGGACAAACAUCUCACUGACAGUCACUGAAGUGGAUGUUUUACUGUCAGAUCCACCAGAGCCAAAGACCAGAGCUGGAUUCUUAAAAUAUUCAUGUGAAAUCACACUGGAUCCAAACACAGCAAACAAACAGCUGUUAUUAUCAGAGGGGAACAGAAAAGAACUAAUGAAUCAACAACAGUCUUAUUCUGAUCAUCCAGACAGAUUCACUGUACGUAUUCAGGUCCUGAGUAGAGAGAGUCUGACUGGACGUUGUUACUGGGAGGUGGAGUGGAGAGGGGGAGGAGGUUAUGUAGCAGUCGCAUACAAGAAUAUCAGCAGAAAGGGAAAUGAAUGUUUUGGACAUAAUGACAAAUCUUGGUCAUUAAUUGUAAACAACAGUUAUACAUUUUGGUACAACAACAUCCAAACUCCUGUCUCAGGUCCUCGUUCCUCCAGAGUAGGAGUGUACCUGGAUCACAGAGCAGGUAUUUUGUCCUUCUACAGCGUCUCUGAAACCAUGACUCUCCUCCACAGAGUCCAGACCACAUUCACUCAGCCGCUCUAUGCUGGACUUUGGCUUUACUGCAAUUUUGGAGACACAGCUGAGUUCAUUAAACUCAAGUAGAAUGAAGUAUUUUGGUAUUGUCUAAUAUUGUUGUAUUUUACUUUUAUACAAUGGUGACAUGCUUGAAUCCCUGUUGGAUUCUGAAAUCACAUAUCUGGAUGUUUGCACUCA